AUGGACAAGAUCCCAACCGUUGUAGAUAAAAACAAGGCUCGGAAACGACAGAGCAACCCAGAAAAAUGGAAGCGAAACCAGCAGAAGUUAGAGAGGAAUGUGUUUAACACCAAUUUUAACUUGGGAUUCGGUUCGCCGCACACAGACGUGUGCUCUGUCUGUUUGCAAUAUGCAGAGAAAAUUAAGGGAGCUAGAGAUAACAGAACUAAAAUUGAUUUGAUGAUCCAGUUAAGAGUUCACAAAAAACGCGCUCAAACUUUUUUCAAUUACCUGAAAGAAGAUUCCCCGAAUGUUUUUAUAUUAUCAUACGACUGCCAAAAGAACAUGCCGCUACCCAAAAUUACCGAUCAGAACACAUAUUAUUCUGGACAGAUUUAUUUUUUCGAUUUCACAAUUGUAGCAGGCUCUUCAAAGUCACAGUUAAAUAAAGACAGUACUUUUGCAUAUCUUUGGACUGAAGACCGAUUUCCGAAAGAUUCUAACUUAAUUGCAUCUGCGAUCUAUCAUCGAUUAAAUGCAACGACAUUUCCUCUUCAAAUUAAUACGGUAAGAUUAAUGGCCGAUGGGUGCGCCGGCCAAAACAAGAAUACCACUGUUGCAGGAAUGUGCCAAAAGUGGUUAACAGAAGCUCCUCAACAUAUAAAGAAGAUGGAAAUAAUAUUUCCUGUCGUGGGCCAUUCUUUUCUUCCCGCAGAUCGUGUUUUCGGGACAAUAGAGAAGGAGUUUCGCAAGCCAAACACAAUAUUGGAGCCGACUGGUUACACGAAUAUUAUAAAAGAAUACUCCAGUCUCAUUUCAGUGGGACAAGAAUGUCCGGUCAAAGAUUGGAAAGACGCUGCCAAAAAGGUUUUAAAAUCCGUUGGAACAUGGCAUGUGCCUUUUAUGAAGUGCAAGCGUUUUAUAUUGAAGCGUUCUAAAAUAACAGUUGGAAAUAUAUUGGUAAAAGGUGAAAUACAUUAUGUUGCUGACACCGGAGCAUAUAGAAAUGUCUGUAAAAAAGGCAAAUAUACGAACAUGAUCAAUACGCAAGAUAUACGAUUGGGAUCGGGAACCCUUAAAGCAACAAAAAUUAGAGAUGUCAACAAAUUAUUAAGUACUCACUUUGACGCUGACUGGAGGAGUUAUGAGAUGUUGUCUUUUUACGAUAAAUUGAUACCAAAUACGGUACCAGUCGAUGACGUGGAAAAUGAAGAGGAUGAAAAUAAUGAUGUUGAUCUAGAAACUUCGUGCCAAGAACAAAUAAUUUUAAAUGACCUAAUGAUUUAA